UCCUAAUAACAUAUUUAUCCGUUUCAAGAAUCGCAUCCAAUAAAGCACGACAUUGUAUUUGUGUUUGGCCCACGUGAUUUCUGAUUCUUUGUUGUAUUCCUUCCUCUGCCAUUUUCACUUUCGGAAGGUUUUUUGUACACUCUUUUAUGUCUUUCCAUAUAGCCCACGUCCACGCACACAAAAUCCAUUUUUCUCUCUUCCUCACCUUUUUUUUAAAAUUUUUUUUUUUCCACGCAAAGGAAAAGCAAAGGCCUUGAAGGGUUCGUUUCUCAACUCAAUCCUACUCCAGCUUUCUCUUUUUUUGGUUUUCAGAGGAAUUCUGGUUUGCAUAUGUCUUUUAGAGCUCUAAUGAGGAGUCUCGUAUGCUCCUGAAUCUUAUUCUGCACAAAACUCACUGAGGAGGGCAAGGAUCUAUGUCAUGUUGGGCACAAAAAGUGAAGGUUUUUUAGGUAGUUGAAGAUGAAUUUGAUUUGGGCUAUUUUGGUUGUGUUUCUCCUCUAUCUUGGAGGUUUUCCAUUUGGGCAUGGCAAAAAUGUUUCUUCAAGGCCGGCCGUGGUCAACGUCGGAGCCAUCUUCUCCUUUGACUCCACAAUCGGCCGAGUUGCCACGCUUGCCAUUGAGGAAGCAGUGAAAGAUGUCAACUCAAAUUCCAGUAUCCUCCGUGGGACUAAACUUUCUGUGCAGAUGCAAAACUCCAACUGCAGUGGGUUUGUGGGCAUGGUUGAAGCUUUGCAACUUUUGGAGAAAGAUGUAAUCGCCAUUAUAGGACCACAAUCUUCCGUUGUUGCCCAUAUUAUAUCACACGUUGCAAAUGAACUCAAGACCCCUUUAUUGUCAUUUGCGGCCACAGACCCAACUCUUUCGUCCCUUCAGUUCCCGUAUUUUGUUAGGACAACACAUAGUGAUUUAUAUCAAAUGGCUGCUGUGGCUGAGAUAGUCGACUUCUAUGGUUGGAAGGAGUUAAUUGCAAUUUUCGUAGAUGAUGAUUUUGGACGCAAUGGUAUAUCGGCUUUAGGUGAUAAACUCGCGGAGAGACGCUGUAGAAUGUCCUACAAGGUGCCAAUCCCUCCGGGUGCCGUUAGUAGGAGCGAAGUCUUGGAUCUUCUUGUUAAGGUUGCAUUACUCGAAUCUCGAGUCAUAGUUCUUCACGUCAAUCCAGAUUCAGGUUUCACUGUUUUCUCUGUGGCACAAUAUCUUGGAAUGAUGGGCAAUGGCUUCGUAUGGAUAGCCACGGAUUGGCUUUCGUCUGUUUUGGACACUUCUUUUCCUCUUCCCUCCGGGAGGAUGGAGUCGAUGCAAGGAGUUCUUGUUUUGCGCCCACACACGCCGGAUUCGGAUAGAAAGAGAGCCUUUACAUCUAGGUGGAGGAAGUUGACUGGUGAUUCUCCGGGGUUGAAUUCUUAUGGACUAUACGCUUAUGAUAGUGUUUGGUUGGUUGCUCAUGCUAUCGAUGCAUUUUUUGAUCAGGGUGGUGUUAUUUCAUUUACUAAUGAUACCAAGAUAAAGUCUACAGAAGCCGGGCUACUUCAUCUUGAGGCAAUGAGCAUUUUUGAUCAAGGUGACCGUCUCUUGAAGAACAUAUUGCAAAGUAAUCUUGUUGGUUUGACGGGUCCUAUUAGGUUUGAUUUGGAGAGAUCUCUUGUUUUUCCUUCAUAUGAUAUUAUCAACGUGGUUGGAACUGGAGUUCGGAGAGUUGGUUACUGGUGCAACUAUUCUGGUUUAUCAACUGUCCCUCCCGAGACGCUCUACUCUAGGCCACCUAAUCGUUCGAUUGCAAACCAGCGGCUAUACAGCGUUAUCUGGCCUGGUGAGACAUCGCUGAAGCCCCGUGGUUGGGUGUUCCCAAACAAUGGGAAGCAACUAAGAAUUGGCGUGCCAAAUCGGGUCAGUUACCGAGAAUUUGUGUCACGAGUGCGAGGAACUGAUAUGUUCAAGGGUUUUUGCAUAGAUGUGUUUGUAUCCGCUGUGAACUUACUACCGUAUGCAGUGCCAUAUAAAUUCAUUCCCUUUGGAAAUGGUCGUGAAAACCCGAGCUACACAGAACUUGUGACCGAGAUCGUGUCGGGUUCCUUUGAUGCUGCCAUUGGCGAUAUUGCCAUUGUCACAAACAGGACGAGGAUAGUAGAUUUUACUCAGCCGUAUGCUGCAUCAGGGCUUGUUGUUGUGGCUCCAUUUAAAAGAAUGAACACCGGUGCUUGGGCGUUCCUACGACCGUUUAAUCCACUCAUGUGGACAGUCACUGCGGUUUUCUUCAUUCUUGUUGGAAUAGUUGUGUGGAUUCUUGAGCAUAGGAUAAAUGACGAGUUCAGGGGUCCACCUAAAAGGCAGCUUAUAACCAUUCUCUGGUUUAGCCUCUCAACCAUGUUUUUUGCUCACAGAGAGAACACCGUGAGCACCCUUGGUCGUUUUGUGCUAAUCAUAUGGCUCUUUGUGGUUUUGAUAAUCAACUCAAGUUAUACAGCAAGUUUGACAUCAAUCCUGACAGUGCAGCAGUUAUCUUCUCACAUUAAAGGAAUUGAAAGCUUGAAAAACGGUGAUGAGCCAAUUGGGUAUCAAAUAGGCUCCUUUGCUGAGCAUUAUCUGACUGAGGAAAUUGGCAUUUCCAAGUCUAGGCUCAUUGCUCUGGGAUCACCUGAAGCUUAUGCUAAAGCACUUCAGGAUGGUCCUAGCAAAGGAGGUGUUGCUGCUGUGGUCGAUGAACGUGCUUAUAUCGAACUCUUCCUCUCAACACAAUGUAAAUUCAGAGUUGUUGGUCAGGAGUUCACCAAAAGUGGCUGGGGUUUUGCGUUUCCGCGGGAUUCUCCUUUAGCGGUGGACAUGUCAACCGCGAUUCUUCAGAUGUCCGAGAAUGGCGAUCUCCAGAGGAUCCAUGAUAAGUGGUUGAUGCGAAGCGCUUGCAGCAUGGAGGGUGCUGAACUUGAAUCAGACCAGCUUCACCUCAAAAGCUUCGCGGGCCUAUUCCUCAUGUGUGGGGUCGCUUGCUUCGUCGCUAUUCUCAUAUACUUCUUGAGAAUCUUUAAGCGGCUAUACUAUGCUGCUCCCCUAGAUUCCGUGUCAGGCGCUCAAAGCGAGUCGCGAUCAGGGCGACUCAGGAGGUUUCUAUCACUAAUCGACGAGAAGAAGCAAGAUAACUCUAACAAAAGAAGGAAGGUGGAUAGGUCUUUAUCCGAAAACGAUAAGCUCGAUGACUUGGAAAGGAAAGCAGAAGGGUCACAAAUAGAAAUGGCCCCUAGAAGUGGCAUGAACUUUGGGUGUUAACUUAUUUUCACAUUUUUUGAUCAUUCUGAUUGUCCUAGUACAUCUGAGUCAACUAUAUUAAACUGUCUCAGAGCAUUCUGAUUGCCAAUGUAUGUAUAUAUAUAUAUAUAUAUAUAUAUAUAUUUGUAUUUAGGAUUAUAUGCAGGAAAAGUGGAAGCAAGCAAACAUCUAGCAGAUUUUCCCCCACUUAUGCCUAGCUAAUACAUGUUAUACAUGCCAGAGAAAUUAGGACGUUGCCAAUGUAAAGCCAAUAUAGAGUAUAUCUUCAGCCUUUUUUUUUUCCCGUUAAAUUUCCCCUUUUCUGUUUUUCAAGUUUUUGUAUUUAGGGUGAAAGUUAAAAGCGUACAUUUCGUU